GAACAAGAACUUUUGUAAGCAACCUCUCAGGGCAUAUAGGGAAUGAGGAGCAAUGGCAACAACUCUCUUCACAAACACAGAAAGAAAUGCUAGGCAUACAUUCAGAAUUGACUGACACUGCAGUGAAAGGACCGGCAAUUUUCACUGACACUGAAAAGCAGGCGUUUAAAGACUUGGUCACUAGUCAUUUCAAGCAGGAGGAAAAUGAAGCUUUAUCUAAGUGGAGGAAAGGUGAAAGGCCUGUUUAUGACAGAAAUGCUGAAGCAGAUGUCUCAGGUAUGAUGGCCAAGUGGACAAACCCAGUAUUUCUCAAUUACAAGCAGCCUGGACUGCUUGCUGACUCCUGCCCAAGUGACACAGUGCCGAGGUCAUGUUUCCACUCACUUUCCUCAGUUGAUUUUACCAAAAACUUACUUGAUAAAGUCAAGGUUGUGGGCCAGCUGGACAACAAGUUUAUUGUCUCUUUGAUAGACAAUCCUGACAGUUCUAAAGCUACCAGGCCUAAAUGCAGUUCCUUAUUAGUUUUGUUUGAUCAGCAUGCAGUCCAUGAGAGAAUACGUCUGGAACACUUUACGAAAGAAUGCUAUGAAGUUAAGGGUGGAGAGAGAACUGAUCGAAUCAAGAGGUCUGAGAUAAAACCCGCUCAGUCAGUCACAAUGGAUCAGGAUGACUUGCGAAUAAUGAGGGCAUUUAGCGAUGAGUUCAGUAGAAUAGGUGUAAACUUUUCUGUGGACAAAACCAGCAGGAACACAAUUCACAUCACAUCACUUCCUCUGUGCUUGAUGGAGAAAGAUGCAAAUGAAUUGAAAAAGAACAAAGUAGCCAAUGUUGUUGAAACUGUUGAGAAUCUUAUUAAAGAGCAUAUUGAGCUGCUGAAGUCCACAAGUGGAGCAUGUGGAAGACUGCCACUAACCAUCCACAGAGUGUUAUGUUCACAGGCAUGUCAUGGUGCUGUCAAAUUUGGUGACAAGCUGACGGCACAGGAAUGCAAGGAUCUUUUGUCUUCCUUGUCUUCCUGUAACCUCCCCUUUCAGUGUGCCCAUGGUCGGCCAUCUUUGGCACCACUGGUUAAUCUUGAUGCUUUGGAGCGAGAACUAUUAGUCGCGAGAAAGCCUCCAAAUUUAUGGAAAAUCUCUCAGCUCAUUAAACAUUGA